UAACUCCUCCGCCAUGUCGCCACUAUCGGCAUAACACAAGAGCGGGACGCACCUAACUUCUGCACGCCGGUCUCCCCAUCUGUCGGCCGCAACACCUUAAACGCUUCUCCCCUUGCCAUGCCCCGCAUCGCCUCGCUGUUAUCCGCCCUGCUGUUCGUCCACUUUUCGGGCCUGAGCCGGGGCUACUUCCCCGAGGAGCGCUGGAGCCCCGAGUCCCCUCUGCUCGCCCCACGGGUGGUUGUCGCGCUCAUCUGCCGCAACUCUGAGCACUCUUUGCCGCUCUUCCUCGGAGCCUUGGAGCGCCUUCGCUACCCGAAGGACCGCAUUGCUUUGUGGGUGGCGACCGAUCACAACAUAGAUAACACCACCGCCCUCCUUCGAGACUGGCUCAUCAAGGUGCAGAAUGACUAUCACUAUGUGGAGUGGCGACCAGAUGAUGGAUCCAGUGCCUUUGAGGACGAGGUGGGCCCCAAACACUGGAAUAAUCUUCAUUAUGAACACGUAAUGAAGCUUCGUCAGGGGGCAUUGGACACAGCCCGUGAAAUCUGGGCUGACUACCUCCUGAUGGCCGACUGUGACAACUUGCUCACCAACCCAGAUGUAUUGUGGAAACUGAUGAAAGAAAACAAGACCAUUGUCGCCCCAAUGUUGGAGUCCAGAGCUGCAUACUCCAACUUCUGGUGCGGCAUGACCUCACAGGGCUACUACAAGCGAACGCCAGCCUACAUACCCAUCAGAAAGCAGGAGCGUCUUGGGUGUUUUGCCGUACCGAUGGUCCACUCGACGUACCUGGUGGACUUACGGAAGCAAGCCUCUCGUCAAUUGGCGUUUUACCCGCCACACCCGGAGUACAGCUGGGCCCUCGAUGAUGUCAUCGUCUUUGCCUACUCCGCUCGCAUGGCAGACGUUCAGAUGUACGUGUGCAACAAAGAAACCUACGGAUACUUUCCUCUGCCUAUGCGCUCCCACGCUACUUUGUUGGAUGAAGCAGAGAGCUUCUUGCACACUCAUCUUGAGAUCAUGGUGAAAAAUCCUCCACUGGAACAUUCCAGCUUCCUCACCCUUCCUCCCAAACAGCCGAGCAAGAUUGGCUUUGAUGAGGUGUUUAUGAUAAAUCUGGUGCGGAGAGCUGACCGGCGGGAGCGCAUGCUCAGAACUUUGUACGAAAUGGAGCUCAGCUGUAAAAUUAUUGCUGCUGUGGAUGGCAAGGCUCUGAACAAGAGUGACAUUGAGUCCAUGGGGAUUAAUAUGCUGCCCGGGUACAAAGACCCAUAUCACGGUCGACCUCUCACCAAGGGUGAACUGGGUUGUUUCCUCUCUCAUUACAACAUCUGGAAGGAGAUCGUGGAUCGAGGCCUGCACACUUCCUUGGUCAUUGAGGACGACCUGCGCUUUGAGGUGUUCUUCAAACGCCGUCUGCAGGCGUUGCUGCAGGAGGUGACGGCACACAAGCUUGACUGGGACCUCAUUUACAUUGGACGGAAGCGAAUGCAGGUGGAUCAUCCAGAGAAGUCGGUACCAAAUGUUCACAAUCUGGUGGAGGCUGACUACUCAUACUGGACUUUGGGCUACAUGCUGUCCUUGCAAGGAGCCCAAAAGCUCCUCAAGGCUGAGCCUCUGAAAAAGAUGCUUCCUGUUGAUGAGUUCCUUCCUAUCAUGUUUGACAAACAUCCUGUUUUAGACUACAUGGAGCACUUUGAGGAUCGGAACCUCCGUGCGUUCUCUGCGGAGCCGCUUCUGGUGUAUCCGACCCAUUACACGGGAGACUCGGGCUACAUCAGUGACACGGAGACCUCAGUUGUCUGGAACAAUGAAACAACUAAGACCGACUGGGACAGAGCCAAGUCCAGGAAAACGCAGGAGCAGGUGGAACUCAGUCUCGAAGCACAGAACUCUGAUGUGCUACAGUCUGAACUGGAGAACUGGAGUGCGCGGGAUGAAUUAUGAUGCCAUCGGAGAGCACUCUGUUGCACACACUGAGCAGGUUGGCAUACUUUCCAGCAGAACAUAUCUGCGAUAGUGGGGAGGAUUGUAGAAAAGACUAGCUUGAUGGACACAGAUCCAGUGAGACUUCCACCAUCACUCGAUCUUUCUCUUAAAGGAGGAGGUUCGAGUUACAUUUGAACCAACUCUUGAAGAGUCACUUCAAAUCGGUGUAUCUUUCGUUCUUUCCGUUUUCAAUUAGCAAUCCAAAGUUAAAAGAAUGAAAAAGGGACUUAUUGUUUUAUUUGUUUCUUUUAAUCCAACACAAAAAUUAAGUGAAAGAUGUCAUAUACGUUUCAUCACCGAAACACCCAUCUUUCAAAUAUUUGUUUCUCUGGAACUGAGUGAAGAUUACACUGAAAUGGGUAACAAUAACGUCAUCCUCUAAAUCUGUAGUAUGUUUUGAGUUUUAAUUUGAAACCGGAGUUGGGACAAAAAAGAUUCCAUAUUCUCGGGUUUGGCGGUUAUUUCCUUAAUUUUGGGGGGCAGGGGAUUAGCCAAUCUGCUCCACCAAUCUCAUCUCCCGCUGUAGAGGUGUGAAAAAGCCAGCCACUGUCCUUUUUUGCAUGAUGUGAGAUGACUGAUAGACUUUUCAUUUUUAUUUGAAAUGACUUCAUGUGCAGUAUAAAACAACCCGUUUGUAUUGUUUCACAACUAUUGUCUCUGGUUUACAUUAAAACAAGAUUGAAACAUUGAAGGCGUAUGCUGUUGGGUUUGAAAAAAAAAAAUCAGGUUUUCUGAAAAUCGGGGAUCGGUGAUCGGCCAAAAACUUGUGAUCGGUACAGCCCAACUCUUGAUUGAUGUCGAUCAAUUCAAGUUGUCUCCAGCAUGUUUGUUCGGAGUUUCCACUAUCACAACCAGGUGUUGUUUUCCUCUGCUGUGAUGGGUUCAAAGACCAAUGACUGUAAAAUGAUCAUGUAACGUAGCAGAACAAAAUGCAUGUAUGAUAUCAAAUAGAUUGACACCUGGUGCUCAAUUUGACAGCUCAGUUGCUUUAUUUAUUAUCCACGUAUAACAUUACUUCAAGUUCUUUUGUCACUAGUGAAUGUAUGUACUGUAUGUCCUUUUGUAUUAAAUAUCUAACACAAC